ACGCUAACGGCCAUUGAAGACCUCUUAGCUUGUUUGGUUUGGUUUUGGGAGGAUUGCAACAUGAAGAAGAUCAGCUUCCCCUCAUCAAGACGAAGACGUUUAAGAUGUGAUCUUCAUCUUAUGCUGCCUCUGGCUCUCCUCUGCUUUCUCUCAGGCGCGCCGCGGCUUGCUGACUCCGCCCGGGUCUUCACCAUCGUCAACCUGUGCGAGACGGUGAUCUGGCCCGCGGUGACGCCCGGCAGCGAGACCUUCGGCGCCGGCGGCGGCUUCGAGCUCCGCCCCAGGCAGUCCAUGGUGUUCACGGCGCCGGCGGGGGGCUGGUCGGGCCGCAUCUGGGCGCGCACGGGCUGCACCUUCGACGCGUCCGGGAACGGGUCGUGCGCCACGGGCGCGUGCGGGACGGCGCUCAAGUGCGGCGGCGCGUCGGGGGAGCCGCCCGCCAGCCUCGCCGAGUUCACGCUGGCGUCGCCGUCGGACUUCUACGACGUCAGCCUGGUGGACGGGUUCAACCUCCCGGUGGCGGUGGAGCCCGUGAACGGGCGGGGCAACUGCAGCGCGGCGGGGUGCGACGGCGACCUCCGGCGGACCUGCCCGCCGGAGCUGGCCGUGAAGGCGGGCGGGCGGACGGUGGCGUGCCGGAGCGCGUGCGACGUGUUCGACACGGACCGGUACUGCUGCCGCGGCCAGUUCGGGGGCCCCGGCACGUGCAACGCCACCGCCUACUCCAAGAAGUUCAAGGACGCCUGCCCCACCGCCUACAGCUACGCCUACGACGACCGCAGCAGCCUCCUCACCUGCUCAAACGCAGACUACAUCAUCACAUUCUGCUCCGACAGGAAAAAACGAGUGUGUUCGUACCACAACAAUCGGCUGGUUUGCAGCGACUCCAGCCGGUCUUGGCCGGUCGUAUCCACGCUCCUGUUUGUGCUGCCCCUCGUCUUUUUGGCUCUGCAGAUUUCAGUGUGAGGAUAAGGAGCAGUCGUCCUGAUGUAUAUUCUUCUGGUUAUUUUCUUGUCCACUUUGUAAUUACACGCGAACGUGCCCCUUCACAUGUGAAAUAUGUUCUACUCCCCGUUCCAAAUUAUAGGUCGUUUUGGAUUUUUAGAUUUAUAGAUUUUGUUAUGCACUUAAAUAUAUCCUAUCUAGAUGUAUAAUAACAUCUAUGCAUUUAGAAAAGCCAAAACAACCUAUAGUUUUGGACGGAAGGAGUAUUACUUAUUGAAUUAUUGAAUCAUUGUAUAGGAGAGCAA